GGUCUUAAGGACUUGUCACUUCUGUGCGGAUAAGACGAAGUGACUCGACUUAAACUAACACAAACUACUUUAAUGUGCAUGUAAGGAAAAAAAAGUCUAUCAAGUUGCAGAGAAUCACUCAAACGACAACUCAAAGUCUAUUUGUUUGCAAAAAAGAAAGCAAACUUUUAAAAAGGAAGUGAGAAGAAAACUGCUCACAUGAGAAUAGAGUCAUGUAAAGCACUGCUAGCAACAUUCACCGCAUUUAAAUGAAUUAAUGCACCACAGUGGCUGACACUCAUCUUGUAUUGUCUGCUAUGAUGUACGGUGAGAGACUAACAGCUUACGAGACAUCACAGCCCACAAAGUACUGACCGUAAAUCUACGGUUCAAGGAGGAAGCUGCUGCAGAAGAUCGACCCGGCUGUUGACAAACUUUGGUUUUACCUUUAUCUGGGAUAUUUAAUUUAAAGGAGCAUUUUUGAUGCUGGCAUCCUUUGGUGAGAUCAGAAGAAAUUUCAACAUCGACGUCUUGCUCAAGGGCACUUCGAUAUAAACAGAAAAGAGAAGCAGUGAACUAAAAAAACAAGAAACCAAACUGACAACCGAAGCCACCUGUGGAGAGAGAACCGUUGAUGCACCCUAAUCCUGUUGAGCAACAGUUGAUCAAAUGGAAGACACCCUGCACACUCUGUCACCAGCUAAUGCUUCCUCCGCCUCCUUUGAUUACCCCCUCUGCCCCACCGCUGCUACUCUCUUCUUCCUCCCCACCAUCUACAUCCUGCUCUUCUUCACCGCUCUCCCGGGAAACCUUCUGUCUUUGUGGGUUUUCCUGCGCUGCAUCUCCACCAUGUCCCCCACCCACGUUUAUCUGUCCCACCUGAGCAUCUCCAACCUGUUGCUGUCCAUCACCACGCCCUUCCUGGCAGCCUACUACGCCAGAGGACCGGUCUGGACGCUGAGAGGCGUCCUGUGUCAGCUCGUCCUGCACGGCAUCACCCCGGUGCUGCACAUCAACAUCUACAUCAGCCUCAUGAUCCUCACCUGGGUGGCCCUCAGCCGCUUCGCAGCCCUCAUCCAGAACACCCAUGCCUCCAGACCCAGCGCCUUCACCACCCUGCUGCCUCACGGCUUCUUCACGCGCCUCACUAAGGUCUCCUUUGCUAACACCGUGUGUGUGACGGUGUGGGCGGUGUCGGUCUGCGGCAUCGUGCCGGGGACGGUUUACUACUCGGUGCAUGAGGCGAUGAGCCACGACCAUGAGAAAGGAGGAUGUGAGAAGGUUUGCUACAGCCCAGCGGUGGAGCUGGGAGGCAGCGUGUCUGGGACUCUGUCUGCGAUGGUUAUCAGCAUAUUCUUUGUGUUCUACCUGCUGGUGCUGCUGUCCUACAUGAUGGUGCUGAGGCACAUCAGACGCUCACGUCGUGACGCUCACAUCAUCACCUCCAAGAGCCUGCUGAGCAGAGUGCUGAGAAACAUCGUGGUCAUCCAGGUUGUUCUUUCUGUUUGCCUGCUGCCGUAUCACAUCUUCAAACCCAUCUUCAUCUCUUUGGCUCAUGAUCAACUUGAGCUGGCGCCAUCCCCAGGCAACGACACCUGCAGCAGCUGUCACCCGCUCUCCAUCUUCGUCGAGCUGAAGAACUGCCUGUUCCUUCUGGCUGCGCUCAGAGCCUCGACCGACCCGGUGAUGUACUUCGUGCUGGACAGAACUUUCCGUUGUCAAACCCUCAGACUUUUGCGGUGCAACGAGAGCAUCGCCAAACGGAGACAAAUAUUCUGGACGACUAAAGAAAGCACCAAUCAGAAGGUUGAACGGCUGGGGGAGGAAAACGUGGUGACGGCGACUGCAGAAUUAAGUCAAAGUGUUUUGUAGCUGAUUUUAUGUUGAAAGAACUCUGUAAUGUGUGUACUGAAGUUAAUGUAUUGCAACGAUUACUUAUUACAAUUACAAAUGCCAGAGUUAGAGUAUUCAAGUAUCUAUGGAAAAAAAAACUACUUGAGUAGUGAGAAACUUAUUCCUCUGUACCCCAAAACUCACUGACGGGUUUGAGACACAGUAUCUUUAGAAAAAUACUAAUAAAUCAGCAAAAUUACAAGAUUCAUCAGAGCUACAAACUAUAAAAACAGAACAGAUCACCAGAAUUUAAACUAUCUAAAGGUUCUUGAAGUACCAAUCCAUGACGUGCUUAUCACUUUAGAAAAUUAAUCAAAUUUAAGCUCAAAAUUGCGAUAUUUAUGUGGAAUCUGAUUACUUUACAUUUUAUUUAAAUUCUGUCAAAAAAAAAAAAACAUUUGCUCUAACCAAACUCUGUAAAAAACUAAAAAAUUCUGUGUUUCUUUCUGCAACCGUGAAGUCAUGAGCAACUAUCAUGUGGCCAAGAGUCACAUGACAAAUAUCCGGUUACUUUUCGGCUGAACUGCAGGCAGUGUUUAUCCAGAGCAGACAGGAGACAAGUACGGAAGCUUUUCUAAAAGAAAUUCAACUUUCUUUGUUUUUCUUCCCAGGAUGUUUUUAAAAUUAGAACAGUUUUGAGGUCUCUCUCCUUCUAUUCAUGGUUCUCUGCUUCCACAGACGUGCAGGACUUUAUAUUGCAGUGACAAAUGAACCCAUAGUGAGGAAAAAUGUGUCAAACUACCAGAAACUGUUCAGAGGGUUAAGAUGUAAAUAAAUAAUAAAUACAGGCAUACUACUGCUACUCUUGAUCUCCUCAGGUAAUGUGUUGAACAUGCACUUGUAAAUAAAAAUAACAGUCCAAUGUGUAAAAUGUCACAUUAUUAUCUCCUAAUUAUCAUCAUCUGUUUCGUAUUUCUCAAGAGGGAUCCCAGAGUUCCCAUGUGGAUAUUA